AUGAAAUCAUUCCAGACGGCUGGUAAUGCCGUUCGCAGAGCUCUUCACAAGCUCAAAGGGCCGGCUCCCAACGAAAACGUUAUUCGCACUCUAGAAGUAGACGAAGGUUCUAUCAAUGGAUGCCUCACGAACAAUUGUGAUGGAGAGCUGCGGUUGACGGACGUUGUCGUUCCGUUCAAGGUCAUCUCGACGAAGCCGCAAGCGCAGAAUAAUGCGUUCGAUGACGGGACACUUCACCCCCUCAUUCCCAUUGCGAUCGACGUAAUGAACGGCGACCCACGCCGGCGGUUCAUGCAUGGGGUAACUAUCAAAGAUUGCCAGGUCACCCUCUAUUAUCUUUCUCGCUCGGCAUGCGCCAAAUCUACACCUUUUGAUGUAACCAAGUAUCCUGAAUUCCUCAUUCGUGCGCUCGUUGCGAUGCUUACAGGCACAGAGUCACACCUUGGCUUUGACCCCCUCGUCACGCUGCUCCCUGACGGUGGUUACGUGUACGAGAUACCACCAGAGGGGCCAUCGAUGGCCCCUCAAUUCUAUCAGACUGUCGAGUUGUUGUCCAUGCGUCAUACACGACGUCUCAUUGGUCGCAUGGCUCGCAUUUGGCGAGUGCGCCAAAUAACCUCUCCCGCCUCCCUGGAACGGGUACCAAACACCUCCGAUUUCGUGCUAAAGGAUGCGUCUCUAGAGGCUGACGCACCCACUGAAGUCGAGAUACAGCAUCUGCUGUUCACCGACAUCGUCGCCUUUGCGAAUGACCCUAAUUGGCGAGCACACCCGAUCCUGCAGGACUUUCGACCGGAGGAUCUCGAUAGUCUUGGGGUCGCAUUGAGGGAUGGUGAUCCCCUGGCGUUUUUCUCCCGUAUCAUCUCCAGCUGUGUAGGAGAGCCUGAACUCUCUUCACCAGGCUCCAUUACGCGUCGCCAGUGUCGCUACGUGUAUGAGCAGGUUUGCACCCCUCUCCACGACAUACCGACGCUCGGUGAAGCCGUCGAUGUCCUCAAACAAACGCUUAUCGCACUUCGUAUUAUGUUCUGCGCUGGAUGGGUUCAUCGAGAUGUCAGUCCCGGCAAUAUUCUGGCCUAUCGAGCCGCCUCUACCGGUGAUUGGCGCGUAAAGCUUUCGGAUCUUGAGUUUUCGAAACGGUUUCCCGGCAUGGACCAAUCGAAGCCCGAGACAAAAAUUGGAACCCCUUACUUCAUGGCGUGCGAGCUUCUUGGUGAAAAGCCACUCACCGCCUACGUCCCUCGGUCUGACUGCCGGUCCGAUUCUGCCCCUCGCCGUUCCUUGCGCGAGCCCCAGCCAUUGAUACACAACUACCAAUACGAUCUCGAAUCUAUAUUCUGGAUCCUUCUCUGGUUGGUGUCGGUGAGGGUGAAAGAGAACUGUGUUGCCGAUAGUCCGCACCAUCCCCUUAUCUUUCAACAUAGGCUCGACAAAGAAUACGCGGCCGUUCGAACGUGGGUGUUUGUCCACGAACUCCAGGACAGCGACGACGUCCCUCAGGUCCCUUUGCAUCUGAGAACUUUUGUUAUGAGCCACCUGGAGGGAUUGCGCCAGAGUCUCUUCGGCGAAUAUAUAGUGCGGCAUAACAGCGGGUCCAGAGAAGAUAUAUCGACCUACUCUUGGAUUCUGAGUCCUGCGUUUUGCACCUUCUUCGCAGGCAUCGAUCGACUCCGCGCCGAAUGGGACUCUGUUGAACUUUUAGUGGAGGAAGAGCACGCCGAAGGAAAAGAGGAGAGGACGGAAAGGAUAGUGUCGAAGAAGCGAAAGCGCAUAGGCGACGGGGACGGGGGUGGGGAUGAGGAUGAGGAUGCCGAAGUCUCAGAGAUUUAA